GGAAGCAGCGGUAGUCAAUAUUCUAGUAGAAGUCAAAAAAAAAAAACAAAAAAAAUACAUUUUUAUAUUUUUCAUUUUUGAGAUUUUAAGUUAAAAAAGAAAAAUUUUUAUUUUCAGUUACCGUUCAAUGCUCGUACUGUGAUGACGUUAUUAUAGCAAUAAAAAAUAUUGCGGGAAAUAAAAACACAAUUAAAAAUUUUAUUUUCAAAAAAUUGCAUGAGCGUCGCGUACUAUUAAAAAACAAAAUAUAUAUAUGUAUAUAUAUUUUAUAUAGAUAUAUUAAAAAUUAUAUUUAAUAAUAUUUUCUUUUUCUAUUAUAACAUAUUUAUUAAAUUUAAUUUUUUAAAUUCUUAAACAUUUAGAAAAACUUUAGAGGACAGCUUAAAGAAAAAAUGAAAAUAAAUAAAAAUAAUUAAAAAUCUAAUCGCUUCUUAAAUGUUUUAAUACCCACAUAUUAAAGUAUUUUGUAAAAUAAAAAAAAUUUAAAAAUAUAUAUAUAUAUGUAUAUAUAAAUUUUAAUAAUGUCAUAAAUAUAGUGAUAUCGAACUAUAAUAUAUUUACAUACUAAUAUAAAUACAUAUAUAUAUUUUAUAAUAAUAUAACUAUGAUACAUUCAUCAAUAGUUAUUUGAGAAGAAAGAGAAAAUAUUUAGUUACUAUGGUAGUUCAAUUAUUGUAUAAGAAGAAAUCGAAUCAAAUAAUACGAAAUAUAAAUCAGAUUCAUUACAAAGAUUGGUCAACAAAAAAUAAUAAAAAUUGCAAAUUGUCGAAUUAGAAUAUAAAACACAAAAAAUUAACCAUAAAUGUAGGAAAUAUUUAUAACACAUACAUACAUACAUACAUGUAAUCAAGUAUUUAAAAAAUUAUGACAUUAAUAAUUAAAGGACGACAACUUAUAAAAAAAUUUGCCAGCAAUAUCAAAAACAACAAAACUGAAUGCUGUGAUAUUAAUUUUAUGAAAGCGUAACAAAACACAAACAAAAAGCAAAAAAAUAAUAAUAAUAAUAAUAAACUGCACCAUAGAAUUUAAAAUAUCUUGUAAAAAUAACAAAAUUAGCAGAAGAAAAAAAAAAACACUAAAACAAUGAAAAUUUAUCAUCGAAAAGAAAUUAUUGUGAUAUUUUUAGUUAUCUAUUUUAUUAAUUUAGAAUCAUUUGCCUCAGAAAAUCAUCAUCAACACAAAACUAAACAACAUAAACAUCAUCAGCAACAUCAUCAGCAGCAUCAUCAGCAACAUAAUCAACAACAUAAUCAACAUCGUCAUUCAUAUAAUGUUGAUUAUUUAACAGCAUCAACAAAUCAAAAAUCUAAUCUUCAAAAUUAUCAUGAUUUGAGUAAACGUGUCAAAAAAAGUAACGUAAAUUAUUCACAGCAAUCGUUACUAUCAUCGGUUAAUAAUAGUGGUAGUAGCGCAAGUAGCAUUAACAGUAAUACCAAUAGUUAUAGCGGUAGUAUUAGCAAUAAUAAUAAUAAUAAUAAUGGCAAAUCUAUAUCAGGAAAUAAUUUUGAAUUUGACAGUUUAUUUGCUGGUGCUGGAGCUGCACGUGAGAAAAAGCCAAAUAUUAUAUUAAUUUUAACUGAUGAUCAAGAUGUUGAAUUAGGUUCUUUAAAUUUUAUGCCUCGCACACAGCGAUUAUUAAGGGAUGGUGGUGCUGAAUUUCGUCAUGCAUAUACAACAACACCAAUGUGUUGUCCAGCACGUUCAUCGUUAUUAACUGGCAUGUAUGUACAUAAUCAUAUGGUAUUCACAAAUAAUGAUAAUUGCUCCAGUCCACAAUGGCAAGCAACACAUGAAACAAGAUCAUUUGCAACAUAUCUAUCGAAUGCCGGUUAUAGAACUGGUUAUUUUGGAAAAUAUUUAAAUAAAUAUAAUGGUUCUUAUAUACCACCUGGUUGGAGAGAAUGGGGUGGUUUAAUUAUGAAUUCAAAGUAUUAUAAUUAUAGUAUUAAUAUGAAUGGUCAAAAAAUUCGACAUGGUUUUGAUUAUGCUAAAGAUUAUUAUACAGAUUUAAUAGCAAAUGAUUCGAUAGCAUUUUUAAGGCAAUCAAAACAACAGAACCAAAGAAAACCUGUAUUAUUAACAAUGAGUUUUCCAGCACCACAUGGUCCAGAAGAUUCAGCACCACAAUACAGUCAUUUAUUUUUCAAUGUUACAACGCAUCAUACACCAGCAUAUGAUCAUGCACCAAAUCCAGAUAAACAGUGGAUUUUAAGGAUAACUCAACCAAUGGAACCAGUGCAUAAACGUUUCACUGAUUUAUUAAUGACAAAGAGAUUGCAAACUUUACAAAGUGUUGAUGUUGCAGUUGAACGAGUCUAUAAUGAACUUAAAGCUCUUGGAGAAUUAGAUAAUACAUAUAUAAUUUAUACAUCUGAUCAUGGUUAUCAUUUAGGUCAAUUUGGUUUAAUAAAAGGAAAAAGUUUUCCUUUCGAAUUCGAUGUUAGAGUACCAUUUUUAAUGCGAGGUCCUGGUAUAGAACCUGCUUCUGUUGUCGAUGAAAUUGUUUUAAACAUUGAUUUAGCGCCAACAUUUUUAGAUAUUGGAGGUGUAACAACACCUACACAUAUGGAUGGUAGAAGUUUUUUACCAUUAUUAUUAGCAAGACAUCGAAAUAUAUUAAGAGAUCAAUGGCCUGAUACAUUUUUAAUAGAAAGUUCUGGUAGACGUGAAACACCUGAACAAAUAGCUGAAGCAAAAGCAAGAUUAGCUGCUGAACGUACAAUGCAAAAAAUUGUUAAUAGCACAAUUGUUGAUGAUAAUUUUUCAAAUAUAACAAACGCACACAUUAAUAAUAUGGAUAGUACUGAUUUUGGUUCACAUGAAGAUGAAAAUGAUGAUGCUAAUAUGGAUAAUAAUGAUGAUGAUGAUGAUGACGAUGAGGAUUUAGAUAGUAACUUGGAUGAAUUAGAUGAAAUUCAACGGGAUCAAUUAGACAAUAAUUUACCUUUUGCGCCAUAUCAAUCUAAAAUGGCACGCUUAAAUUCAGAAUGCUCAAAUCCAGCUCUAUCAAAAAAUUGUAUACCCGGACAAAAAUGGAAAUGUAUCAAUGAAAGCGGCAGAUGGCGUAAACAUAAAUGCAAAUUUCAUUUACAGCUUCAGAGUCAUAUAGCUGAAAUGAACCGGAUUAAUGUGCAAGCUAAACGAAAUUGUGCUUGUUUUACUCCAGAUGGUGUUGUUUAUACUAAAAUUAAAACAAAUCAGGAUUAUUUGGGUCCGCGUUUAAGAAAAAGAGGUCAAGCGGGUGUUACAAUAAAUCAACGUCAUAAAAGAAGUUUAUCUCAUUUUGAUGUAGAAGAAAAUAAUAUUAUCAGAAAUCUUACGCAGAAUAAUGCAAAAGAGUCACACGAGACUUUUCCUAAUCAAAUUCCGUAUGAAAUUAGUCAGCUUCUUGAUAUUUCGAAAACAAUAUCAAAAAUUGAAAAUGAUCUUCAAGUAUUUAACAAUAAAUUAAGUGAUGAUUACGAUGAUAACUUCAUUCUUAUAGAGUUUCAAGGAAUAAAAAAGAGAAAUAAAAGAAAAAAAAGAGAAACGAAUUCGAACACGAACGGUAUUGUGUUUAACCCGGAUUCGAUUACCGAACAUAUUCAAAGUAUUCAAAAUCAAUUGGAAAAUUUAGAGAAGAAAUUUCAAAAUCACCAUAUGAUACGAAAAAAUCGUACCAUGAACUCGGGUGAGAAUAGAAGAAAUGGAUUAAGAAAUCCAGUGAGUAAUGAAAGCGGUGUAAGUCAUCAUGACAAAAAGGGACCUUCAAGAUGCUUUAUUGAUUCGCCUACAGGUAAAGUAAACUGUACAGAGAUUGUAUAUAAUGAUGAAAAAUUAUGGAAAAAAUCACGUCAUCAAAUUGACUUAUUAAUAAAAGUUUUAAAAAAUAAAAUCCUUGAACUUAAAGACGUGAAAAAAUUGUUAAGAGAAAAUAAACCUACAGAAUACAGUGGAGGAAUCAGUAGUAGUACUGGUUUUAGUAAUGGCGGAAACAGUCGAUUUGAUGAAAAUUACAGUGAACCUGUAAGCAGUAGUCGGAGUACUGAUGAUGAUCCUGAAGAUUUAGAUGAAACAGAUUAUAUUGAAAAACCGGAUACUGAGGAGUUUGAAAGCUCGACAAGCGAUGAAACAAUUACAUCUUCUUUGUCUAGUGGUGAUGAUGAAAUUUUAGAUAAAAAAAAUAAUACUAGGGAAUAUAAUCGUAAAGAUAAAGACCGAAAUAGAAAAAAAGAGCACUUUGUUAAUUCUAGUACUGAUGCUAGUAUUUUACCUUAUGAGGAAGAUGAUGAAGACGACGAAGAAGAAGGUAAAGAAUUUGAUAUGUCUUUAUUUGAUAUUUCUGAGAAAAAUGAUGCUUUCGAUAAGCCAAAUUUAACAAACGACACAAAUAAUUUAAAAAAACAAAAAUUCAAUAAAAAUACUAGCGAUGAAGAAAGGAUUCCAAAGGUUACAGUAUCAAUUACAGAUCAUAAUAGUCGAGAAAUAAUUGGGAAUGAACAGACUACACCAAGAAACGAUAAACGUAAGUCAUUGGGAAAAAUAUCUACAUCAACUACUACAACAACUUCAACAGAGAAUAUACGAAAUUCUAUUGGAAGUACCAGUUCAUCAUCGACAUUAAGUACAACAUCUACCACUACUGCAAAUGACAUAAGCAAUAACUUUAAGGACAGUGAUACAAGUUCAACUUUAGAAAAUCGUAACAAUUUAGAAGAAAAAUAUCGUUUUUCAGGACCAGCAGAAUGUUAUUGUGAACCAGAAAUUGAAAGAGUUAUCCCUAGUGAAAAAGACUUGGCCCGAGAAGCACGUCGAAAACUUAAAGAGGACAGGCAACGUAAAAAGGAGCGGAAACGUCAGAAGAAAGCUCGUAUGGAAAAGGAAUGUUUAUCAGAGAAAAUGAAUUGUUUCAGUCACGAUAGCUCACAUUGGAGAACUGCUCCAUUAUGGAAUGAUGAUCCAUUUUGUUUUUGUAUGAAUGCCAACAAUAAUACUUAUUCUUGUAUUAGAACAGUUAAUUCUACACAUGAUUUUCUAUAUUGCGAAUUUACAACGGGACUGAUAACCUACUAUAAUUUAAGAAUCGAUCCUUUUGAAACAUUAAACAGAGCCUCAUCGUUAAGUACAGAUGAAAAAAAUUAUUUGCACACUACAUUGCAACAUUUAAAAAAAUGUCGUGGAAGAAAUUGUACAAUUAAAAAACCUCAACAUGACUCAGUUUUUGUGGCCAGGUUACCAAAGAGAAAAUAUCCUGUCGUUGGAGGUGGAGGAAUGGGUGAUGGAAUAAUAGGAGUAGGAGGUAGCGGAGGACAGUUUUAUCCUGAAUAUAAAGGACAGAAUCAUACAAAAAGGAGAAAAAUACCAAAGUGGAAUAAUAACCAAAAACGAAAGCAAUGGUCACAAAAUCAUCAACAACACCAACAUCAUCAUCUCCAACAACACCAUCAACAGCAACAACACCAUCAUCACCACCAACAUAAACAACAACCAUUACAAGAGCAACAAAACCAAGUCAAUUCAAAACAAUUAAAUAGCUUUGUGCCACAACAACAACAACAACAACAAAAACAACAACAACAGCAGCAACAACGUCUUCAAAUACAUCAACAUCAAAAUACAAAUGUUAUGUUUCAAGAGCAAUCCAAUCAAAGCAAAGUUUUAAUGACACCAAAUCAUAAAAGAAAUCGACAACAUAAUAGUAGUCAUAAUAAUCAAAAUCAAAAAAUCAACCAAAAUAAUAAUAAUAAUAGCAAUAAUAAUAGUAAAUAUGAAAAAUUUACAGAAGAAAAUUUACAACAUAAUCACCAUCAGCAUCAUCAACAUCAUCAACACCAUCAGCAUCAUCAGCAUCAUCAGCAUCAACAUCACCAACAUCAUUUACAUAGUAAAGAGCAAUUGCAAUAUCAACUUAAAAAUUCUCAAGAACAGCAACAAGAACAGCAACAACAGCAAAGAAAUCAACGACGGCAAUCAAUUUGGUCUCAAAAAGAACUAAAUCAAUAAAACUUUUUUUAUAUUAUAAAAAAAUCAUAAAAAAAUUUUUUUAGAGUAUUAGAAAUGAAGUGCGCCGUCAAAGAAACAAAAAAAAAUUAAGAACAUAAAAAUUUUUGUAAUUUUAAAAUGUUUAAAAUUUAAUUCCUUAUUCUUGGAAAAUUACAAUAAUAAAAUAAAUGACAAAAAGCUCAACUAAAGUAGGUUUACAAAAAAUAAAAAUCAUCUUGUUAUUUUGUCUUUAUAGAAUUCUAAUUUUAUAUUUUGAUAUUUAAUAUGCUUUAAUAUUUUUAUUUUAAAUUUACAAGCAUUAUUCAGUGUGUUAAUUGUAAAAGUUCCAUAAAAGUGCAAUUUAUAAGCUUGAUAUAACAAUAAUUUUUGAAAUUGAUUUUCUUUUUAAAAAUAAAAGUUUGCUCUAUUUUAUUUAUAAUGAUCAAGUACAUACAUGUGCGAUUUUAUGAAUUUUUGAAAUUUUUCCUUCAAACAUAUCAAAAUUUGUAGAGUGAGAAGAAAGGGAAAACCAACUGUAACCAUGGUAUAAAAGAUGGCACAUAUUUAUAUUUAAAAAUUUCAACCAAAUUUUAUCACACAAUUGAAGUAAUAAGCAGUCAUAAGCUGAAUUGUGGUAUAGCUCCAGUUUUAAAAUUUUCGUAUUUUAUUUAUUUAACAUUAUUAAUUUAUUUUUCCAAAUUUACUGUCCGAAAUAUAUUUAACUUAUUGACAUUGUAUACCUAAUUGAAUAUGAUAAUAUCAAUAAUAUUAUAAUUUUAAGUUGGUCUUGUGAAAAAAACUUUAUGAAAAAAUUGGAGAAAACAACUAUCGGGGAAAAAAUUACAGUAACCCUGACACUGAAAUUCUAAAGAAUUCAGUUUAUAUAUUGUACUCUAACUGCCGAAUUAUAAAGUAAUAUAUAGUAUAAUACUCCAAUUUCGAUCUUAUGGUGGAUAAUAUUAAAAUUUAUUUUGCAAUUCGUUAAAAAUAAACUUAUUUAUUUUAAAUUAACCCAGUGAUGAUUCAAAAGCAACAAUAAAAAAAAGAAAGGAAAAAAUUCGCAAUUUUAUUUGUGACUUUAGUACGAGCUAGUACGGUAGUUACUUUGAAAAAAUUUGGACCGAAGCUGUUUUAGAAAUUUUGAAUUAUAAUUGCGAUAAAAAAUUUACAAUAACUAUUUGUUCAUAUUUUAAUUACUUAUUUAAAAAUAAUCAAACAGAAUAUUUAAAUAUUGCUUUAAAUAUAUUGUGUUAAAAAUUAUCAAUAGUAGUGUUUCUUCUUAAUUUAUAGUUAAAAUUUAAUAAAAUAAGUAAAAUUUAAAAAUAAGACUGCGGCAUAACGUGUUUUUUAUUCUAAGUUUUGUUAAUCUUUUAUAGAAAAAUUAUUUUUGAAAACAAAAAUUUUGUUUUAGUUUUUUUUUAAUCAAAAAUAUAUUUUUUUUCGAAGUAAAAUCGCAAUAAUUUAGCUAAAUCUCAUAUAUACACAUAAUUAAAUAUACUAAAGGAAUUGCUUUUUUUUUUUAAAUAAUUUUGUAUAUUCAAAAAAAUUUUUGUAAUUUUUAAAAUAAAUUUGUAUCAGUAUUAAGUUAAUUAUAGUUUAAUAAUAUUUUCAUAAAUAUAUUUUGCGAGUUAUGUGUUUAUACAUGACGAAUUCAAUAUAUGAAAAUUGUAAAUUGUUUGAAAGAAUUGGUACCAGAAAUUUCUUACUGUAAAUGGAAUGAUUAUUAUAGUUGAAAUUGAAAAUUAAGUAUCUCCUUUAACAUAGCACAUUUAAGUCACCCUGUUAUUUUGAAUUUUCCAAUUGAUUUUCUCAUUUCUUUUAAUAUAUACUAGAAAAAUAUACUAGAAUAC